AUGAGAUCGACAAUGAUCCCAGUCGGAUUCGUCUAUUUUCUGCUCGUCGCCAAUUUCUACAACGAAUCGGCCGGAUUUGACAAAGACCACACGCCUUACUACUCAUUAUGGUAAUUUUUGAAAGAAUCUAUUUUUUGGAAAAAAAUUCUUCUCAGGAAAGUGACGCCGAUCGCUUCUCUGGCCGGUUUUUCCUUGUUCCACGGUGCCGGAUUAUCAGAUAAAGAUCGGCUUUUGGCCGGAUUGGGCCUGAUUUUUGGAGGAAUCGGUGAUUAUGUGAUUGGUCAGUUUCAUUGGAAGUUAAAACUUUUAAAAUUGAAAAAAAAUUUAUUGCGACUUUUUCUUACGCAUUAUUUUAACCGAUAAUAUUUUUUUCCUCGAGUUUUUCAAUUUUUUUUUGAUCGCCAAUAUGAUUUUUCCAGUUCCAAAAAAUGUUGCACACAGGCCUCAAAUUUGUAGUUAGCUUCAUCGGAUUCCUAGAAAUCUAACUUUUUUGUUUUCUGAUUUUUACAAGCUGCUGAAUUAUCUCACUUCCUCCUUUGAUAAAUUUUAAUAAAUUGAAAAAUUGCAGGCAGUUCAAACGAAGGAAUCGUCGCAGGAGCCAUCGCUUUCGGUAUCGGACACGUUUUUUACCUGGUCAGUUAAAAAAAGAUUCAAACGAUUAUCGAAAAGUAUUUUCUCUGUUUAGGAUAAAUCUUUAAAUAAAUAUCCGAAUGCUUUAAAAGUAUUGGUUUCUUUCAAACUUGAUAAUUUCCAAUAACUCAGGCUUUUAUAAAAAAAUAAAUUGAGUUCAAAAAUUAAUCCUUGGUCAUUCAUCCUUGCAAUUGUUUUGCUCUAAGAAACUCGAUCCUCGCCUUUUUUUUUUCCCCGGCAACUUUAUGGCAAAACAUCGCCUCGGGGCGUGAACAUGACACUCUGUCGGUGAAAACAAAAAACAACGGCUCCCGUGGAAAUUGCCUUCUUUUGUUGGUCUCUCGUUUUGGGAUGAAGUAGAUGAUGAGGAAUUCCAGAGGCGUUCUGUUUUAUUAGGUUGGCCGGUUAGAAAUGAGCGUUGGGUUGUCGUCGGUUUUUUUUUUCAAAGGCAAAGGUUCGAGAAGGAAAUUCAAUCUACGCAAAGAAAUAGUUACAAGUCACAGGUAAAAAUCGAAAACAACUUUUUGUAUCGAUUUUUUUAUUAUAAUACUCUAUAGUGAUAUGAACUACCAACAGAAAACCUAAUAGGAUAUUUAGAAUAGUUGAAACUUUUAAAAAAAGAGUGGCCACUAAACCCACCUCUAUAGUGGCCACUUUAGAGGUUCUCUAUUUAGUGGCCACUUCAGUAGUUUUUCAUCCAGUAUUCCUUCCAGUAACUCUAAUAAUUUUAAAACAAACGAGUUAUGUUGAUCCAUUGACCCCUUUUUAACCCCUCAAGUGGUCACUAGUUUGACCACUUUAGUGGCCACUAAAAGUUUUCCCAGUAAACCAGAUAAAAUUCGAAUUUCUGUCCGGAUAUGCGAAUCCUGUAGACUACAUGUGUUGAAUAAGAGUAAAGAUGAAAAUACUUUUUGUAAAAAUUUAUUUGCGCCAUCGUAUUUACCUUUUUUGUGGAUAUCACCUCAAAAGAACUGAAAUAGAAAAAGAAAAAAUUGAAAGAAACUUGAAGAAGCUUUUAAAAAAUUAAGGAAUGUCAAAUUUUACUAAUUGUUUUUCUUCUCAUAUCACAUGGAAAAUCUAAUUUUUUAAUCUAGAAGAUUUCCAUCAUUUUCCAGAUGCUCUUCAUGAACUACCAGACGAAAGUCCAUCAGCCACUGGUGGCGGCGAUGAUCUUCUGGGGAGCCGUCAUCAGCAAGGUGUGUUUCCUGCCGCUCCUCGAGGAACAUCCUAUCGCCAUGCUCAUCAUGGCUUCUUAUGCGGUUCUUCUGACGUCGUGCUUCGUCAUUGCCGCUUCGCAGUAUCUCAAUGGCACCGCAACGCAAAAUGAGAAGGUUUGUGGGCUUUUUGGAGCAUUUCGAAACAAAUUAAGAAAUUUAGCCCUGUAAAAUACAAAAAAGGAAACGUUGCAUUCAAAUCUUUCUAGCUACUUUUUGUUUUGAAAAUUUCAGUUUGCCGUUAGAAUUUUGAAAAGUUUUUUGAGAAGUGAUACUGAAAUUUUUUUAUGAAUUGAAAAAAACUAAGUCUUUUUAGUGAAAUAAAUAAAAAGCUCCAAACUCAAGGAAAAAAAGCAGAGCUUAUUUUUUUGUAAUUCAUCUUUUGAAAAAAAGGUUUUUUUGUUUUUCUUCAAAAUAUUUACACGUCUCCAUGGAAAUAUUUAGUAUUUGGUCUCCGAUUUUUCUUGCAUUUCCUUUCAAACUUCCGUUGUUUUUUUCGAAGAAGAACCUUCAGAAAAAAAUUAGCCGAACGAAAAUCACAAAAAAAGUGAGAAAGAAAUAAAGAAUUUUCAUAGUAAAAAAAGAUUAAUAUUUUUUUAUUCGAGGCUUUUUUUAUUUCUAAGUUUUUUUCAGGGAGUUUGGAUUCGCGCCCUUGGAUUCCUGUCGUUUUUUUCUUCUCCGACUCGGUCCUUAUCCUGUCCCACAUGGACAUCAGAACGCCGUAUUGUGAUUUCCUGGUCCUCGGAAGCUACUACCUCGCCCAGUACCUCAUUCUCUACGGAAACAUCGUCGCGAAAGUUACACCGACGCACAAAAAAGUCGCCAAUCUCAAACCGUACCAACCCCGAUCUCUUGUUUCCGCAAAUUGA